GUAACCGCUGGCAACAACUCCAGGUUGCGCUCGGUAUUGAUAAAGCGCGUUUGCAACAAUUAACCGUUUUCCAGCAGGCCAGACUUCCGCUUUUCGCAGCAUGAGCUCGCACUAUCUCAACUCCUGUGUGAAAGUGCCCAUUGAUCCGUGCAACAACUGUCCGGCUCCUGUCUACAAUCGCCCCAAGCUCUGCUCCCUCGGCGGUAAGAAGCCGCCGGACACGGCCCCCACUGCAUCGCCGGAGGCAGAGACACCUGCGUGGAGCAGCCAGAUGGGAGUGAGGUCCCUGGCUAAAUUCUAUGACAGCAUACCAGACUACUGCGAUGUGAAACACCUGCACCAGGCGGAGUUCUACUCCACGCUGGAAAGUCUGAGGAGCACAAGUCGCGAACUCCGAUCCCAGCCAGCUGCUGCCACAACUCGGGAACGAUGUGCCAGUGCCAGCAGCAGUUCUUUGUGCCACGGCAAGUCCAAGAAGCGGUCGUCCAAGGGCAGUAAGAUGAAAAAACGUCCCCUGGUGCUGGAUCCAGUCACUCCGCCGGCAAUCGUAGUAAUACCCAAGCACGAGGAAGCUUGCGUCCCUCAUCCAGUGGUACACACGCCCAACUCCAGCUGCCUGAGCGAGGAGUACGACAAGUGCCUCAGGGACUUAAGUCGCUUGAAGAGCUUUAAGGAGGACUUCGCCGUGGAGGUGGCGGACUUCAAGAGGUCCCUUAAGAAUUUUGAAGCAGAGUUCCGCAGGCCAAAGUCCACCAGCAGCAACGGGACCCAAACGCAGACCGACAACCAGAGUCAGCCCCAAAACCGCACCCAGCCAACUGCUAAUCCCGGCCAGCACACGGCCGAGCGAGCCAAGUGCCGGAGGGAAAUGUUGCGCAGGUGCUUCAGCGUGAACGAUCUACAAGGAAGCUCCUCAGCGCCGAGUCUUAAGCCUUCCAAGCUUGCUCAGCCGUCGGAGAGCAACUAUUUCCCGCGCUGCAAGCAGGAAGAUGUCCCCAAGAUACAUAUACAAUCGCCCACCGCCUCUUCGAAGCGCAGUAGUAGUGCCUCAACUGCAGGAAGGGCUCGCUGGAGACGCGGCAGGGGGAAGAAGAUCAAGCCAGGCUCUGCUUCGAAGGAGGAGAAGGCUCUGGCUCCACUGAGCAUUUUCCAUUUGCCAGAGGAACCUGCCCAGCGACGGACGCCGAGUGUGUCGCCGUUGCAUCCGGUGUCGCGUCCAAAUCUGGCAGCCACUUUGAGGGCUGAAGUUUCGCGGAAAAAGGUUAAGGAGCUAAAGAACAACUGCACCUACCACGAUCCGCGUCCGCAAUUCGAUUGGGAGGUGCGAAAGACGCCAGCUUGGAAGUCGCUGUCUUUAAACGAAUCGCACAAGGCGUUGUUAUCCAUCCGGCUGGCCACCCGAAAGGCGGAGCAGGCUUUCCAAGAGCGCCAGUACGAACUGCAUAUGGAAAUGAUGCGACAGCGGGUCAAGUCCGCCCCACUUCUUCUCGAGGGUCCCACCUUCUGGGGCCCGGAGGUGGGCAAACUGACCCACACCUGCAGAAGCGAGGAGCUGCGGCACUCCUGCGAGGGCAGCCGCCAGCGGAGGAAGAAGAAGUCCGAGUGUACAGUGCCAGAUGCCGAUACCAAGCUGCAGCAGCUGCGCAAAAUCUACGGCUCGGAGAAGUCCUGUUCACGGCAGUCCCAACGGAGUAAGCGGUCCGGAAGAAGGCCCCAGGGACAGACCACCGAGACGCCCAGCCACGACAGCGGCGACGACCUCUGCAGCGUAGACCGGGCUUUCCUCUAGCGAAUCACCUAAUUUCCAUGCACCUAGUCACAAUAUACUCAUACUUUUUUGGAUCGAUCUA